AUGGAGGAAACUAAGAAAGUUCCUCAAGCAGAUGUAGAGUCAUUUGACGCGAUAGAGUAUAAAACUGGGUUUAAUAUAGAUACUCUCAAGCCUCAAAUCGGAAAUAUCUUUCAAUUUUUUAUUCCGAACACGUUAUUCAUUCCAUUAUCUCCUCAAAAUGCCAACAAGCAACAACCACAUCAAUUUCCAAUAUGGGGUUCAACUCACUAUACACCAAAUAGUGAUUUAACUGCAAUUGCAGCUCAUACAGGCGCUUUAUUUAUUCAAAAAUCAAAAUCUGCAAUUAGAAGAAGAUUUUGUACAAUAAAGAACUUUUAUGAAGUACAGAACUGUUCUGAGUCUGAUUAUACGAAAAUUGCUCAAAUUACAGAAAUUCCUUUAGAUCUCACAGUCAAAGGCGUCGUUCUACAGAUUCUAAUAGACAAUUCUCCGACAUCAUAUCCAUCAGUACUUAGAAAUGGAAUCAAAUCUCAAGAACUCAAUCAAGUUUCUGCAUAUGCGAUUCGUGUUUCAAACUUUUUCGUAAUUUCGAUGUACGACGAUAUGCCAAACCUUGUAUCUCCCGAAGAAUACGUUAGAAAACAAGCUGUUGUUCCUUCAUAUAAGUUUUCUGUCACCGGGGAAGUUGGAAUUGUUUACAAGCCACAUAUGUUCUUACAGAUAUUCUCACGGUUCAAUGUUGUCAAUGGAUUCUUUAAUACAAACAGACUGUUCUUUGAUAUUGGAAGAAAUAGAUAUGAAAUUAAAUAUAAAAGUGCGACAAAAUUCCAGCUGAUUCAGUUUGAUGAUGCACCUACAUUAAAUAUCCUUAAACGUAAGACAGAUGCUUCAGAACUUGGUGAUAUUCUUGAAGAUGACAUAGAAUUAUCAGAAUUCUCUGUAACAUCCAAAGGUAUCAUUAUUAGAAAGGAAUCGUACGAUCCUGUUGAUACAAUUUUAAUCGCACAGACAUAUAAUCGCUAUUCCCAAUUUCUUAACGCUUAA